GUGCUCGCGCCCAUCGCUGCAGGUAGUAGCCCCUCCCCCCUCCUCCUCCGUGCUGCCGCUUUUGCUUUAAACACAAUAACCGCCGCUUCUCCCGACCAACCGUCCUUAGGGCAGCCGGGAUUCAUGCUUUUUCUCCGGGGUACAACUCACAGAUCCUUCCUGAUCCUGUGAGGAUGAGUUGCAGUCACGGCUCAGCUGCACGUGUUGGCGUCUGAAAGCAGGGAAAAGGUCAUCGCACCUGCAGCACGCCGAGGAACUGAUCCUGGAAACUGAGAAUAAAGCACCUUCUGGAAUAUUAACCGCUGACAUUUCACGCUGAGGAUAUUUAUAAUUUCCUGAAUUUUCCACGGAGGACUGGAGCUGAAACCUGAGACUCUGCGGAUUAGUUAAAGCCUACAUUUUUUUACCUGAGGAAUUCAUUUGUAUUUUUGGAGUUUAGAUCUUUUUUCCUUGGAGUCUGCAUCACAUUUUAAACUGACAUCUCCAUGGUCGGAGGAAAUGGCGACACGAGAACCGACAGCAGGAAGUUGACUCCUGCAGGGAGCGAGGCCGAGAGAAGAGCGUGAAGAAGAAGAAGAAGAAGAAGAAGAGAGAGCAGGGAAAAUGUCGUGGAAGAGGAACUAUUUUGCGUCAGGUGGCGGAGGAGGAGUUAGCGCCGCUGGUGUUGGAGAUGUUACUGGUGGAGGGAUGCAGGGCCUGCAGACUCCUCGCAGCAUGACGUCCAUCGCUCCCAGUAAAGGGCUGAGCAACGAGCCGGGACAGAACAGCUGCUUCCUGAACAGCGCCCUACAGGUUCUGUGGCACCUCGAUAUCUUCAGACGUAGUUUCCGUCAGCUCACCACUCACAAGUGCAUGGAGGACUCGUGCAUUUUCUGCGCUCUGAAGAGCAUCUUUGCCCAGUUUCAGUACAGCAGUGAGAAAGUAUUACCGUCCGACGCACUGCGCAGUGCGCUUGCCAAAACCUUCCAGGACGAGCAGAGGUUUCAGAUGGGCAUCAUGGACGACGCUGCAGAGUGCUUUGAGAACAUCUUGAUGAGGAUUCACUUCCACAUCUCAGACGAGACCAAAGAAGACAUCUGCACCGCCCGACACUGCAUCCCCCACCAGAAGUUCGCCAUGACGCUUUAUGAACAGUGUGUGUGCAGCAGCUGUGGAGCGUCCUCAGAUCCUCUGCCCUUCAUUCAAAUGGUCCACUACAUCUCCACCACUUCCCUGUGUAACCAGGCAGUGAAGAUGUUGGAGUCGAGGGAGAAAGCCACUCCUGGUAUGUUUGGUGAGCUGCUGCGUAACGCCAGCAUGGGAGACCUGCGCAGCUGUCCUAGGGCUUGUGGCCAGCAGCUCCGUAUCGCCCGGGUCCUCCUCAACAGUCCGGAGAUCAUCACCAUCGGCCUGGUUUGGGACUCGGAGCAGUCGGACCUGGCCGAGGACGUCAUCCACACCCUGGGGACCUGCCUGCACCUCGGAGAUUUGUUUUACAGGGUGACGGAGGAGAAGGCCCGUCAGUCGGAGCUCUACUUGGUCGGCAUGGUGUGUUACUACGGGAAACAUUACUCCACCUUCUUCUUCCAGACCAAGAUCCGCCGAUGGAUGUACUUCGAUGAUGCACACGUCAAGGAGAUUGGCCCCAAGUGGAAGGACGUGGUUUCCCGCUGCAUUAAGGGCCACUACCAGCCCCUGCUGCUGCUGUACGCCGACCCGAGGGGAACGCCGGUAUCCGUCCAGGACCUUCCCUCUCGACUCGACCUCCGCCACCUCAACAAGGCCGGCUACGACAGCGAGGACUCGGGCCGUGAGCAGUCGAUCUCCAGCGACACUCGCACCGACUCGUCGACUGAGAGCUAUUCGUGUCGACAGCCCUCCGUCUCGCACCAUGAGUCCCUGGUCUCUCACUUCUCCUCCGACUCCCAGGGAACCAUCAUCGAGAGCCCCCCCCCCGGACCCCUGCACGCCUCUCUCUGCAGCCUGGAGACCAUAGGCCCCGUGGCGGACAGCGAGCAGCACCAAUCUCUGAGGAAGGGAGGCGGGGCCGGGGAUAGGAGGCGGAGCUCUAGCCGCCACCGUCGAUCUAAACCCGACAACGAAGCCUCGUCGGCCGGGUACCACAGCGAGGGAGAGACAUUAAAGGAGCAACAGGCUCCUCGUCCCCCCCCCAAAACUUCCUCCUCCUUCUCCUCUUCCACCAAUCGCCUCCGAGAAUUCAAGGAGACGAUGAGCAACAUCAUCCACAACCGUCCCCUCUCCUCCUCCUCCUCUUCCUCUUUACCAGCCACCAUCACCUCCUCCUCCUCCUCCACCUCCUCCUCUAACAACCACCCCCCCGCCCCUUGCUCCUCCUCCUCUAACCCUUUGGAGUCUGAUGGCUCCGGAGGGUCGGGGAGGUGGAGGCCGCGGAGGGAGGUGCUGAACAUCGACAGCAUCUUCACCCGAGAGAGGCGCAGGCAGGCGGGGUACAGUCCGCUGGGAGCCCCCCUGCCCGACUCUGGAGCUCCGAGGGAGGAGGAGGAGGAGGGGAGGAAAGCAAGGACUCUCCCCCACUCCUCCUCCAGCUUCCACAGAGGAGGCGCACAGGGACUUCCUCCUCCUCCCCCUCCUCCCCCCAGACUGAUCCAGAGGAUGGAGAGCGGGUAUGAGAGCAGCGAGAGGAACAGCAGCAGCCCCGUCAGCCUGGACCUCCACCUGGGAGACAGGGAGUGUGCUGUGAAGAAGCCUCCCUCCUCUUCCUCCUCAGGACCAUCAUGGAAGAACAUCCGGUCAAAGAGCAGUGGAGCUCUGCUGCAGGAGCACACCUCCUCCUGCAGGGGGAGCCUCGCGCCCCCUGCAGGCCGCAGCGAGCUGGACGAGCUGCAGGAGGAGGUGCAGAGGAGAGCCCGGGAGGAGGAGACGCAGCGGAGGCAGGAGAAAGAGAGGGAGGCGGCGCUGGGAUUCAACCCCAGACCCAGCAAGUACCUGGACCUGGACCAACUGCAGAUCCAGGGUAAAGGUGAUGGUUUUGAGAGGUGUGUGUCUGAGGCGGAGCUUCUGCUGGAUCAGACGGUGCGUCUGGAGCAGGCGGGCGAGGUCACUGCAGCGCUGACGGCCGUCAACGAUGCCGUCUCCAAACUGCAGCUGGCGGCGUCUGAGGCCGGAGCGAGUAGCCACGUCCGGCUGCAGCGCUGCAUGAGGAGAGGGCGCAGCAUGCAGCAGCGCAUGCAGCAGCAGCAGCAGCAGCUGCAGCAGGAGAAGGAACAGCCCAGUGAAAAGCCUCUCCCGCUCCAAAUACUUCUGACUGAAAGCAACCAAUCAGCUGCCCGUCUGGACCAACAGGCCCCGCCUCCCUGCCUUGUUAAGCCCCUCCCCCCCAAGAAGAGCCCGAUGUCGGACCCCGUCUCCAGCACUACAUCCAGCGAGGAACAAGGGACUGGAGGCCCCUGCUCUCUCUUUGCGAAACCCCUCGCCAAAACCAGAUCCGUCCACCUGGGAGAUGUGGCUCCGCCCCCUCGACCUGAGGAGGCGGAGCUUCCCACCCAGGGGACCCCAGCACAGGCCCCUUCACCUGGCGGUACUCACGACAGGUGUCUGAUUAAGGGGCCGUCGUUUUAUCCCCAGGCCCCGCCCCAUGCUCCCCCGCCCUCCCCCCCCACCAGGAGCUGGUCCUGCUUACCCCCCUCUGAUGUCAUAGAUUCUCCUCCAAUCAGCUCGUCCCUUUACUCGCCACCUGACUUCCCCUCCAACGUCCCCCCACCUCCCCCCAGCCAGGACUACACUGCGGCCCUGCCUGUAGAGCGAUGGGCAGAGAACGUCAAUAGAUACUACGGCUCCCAGAAUGCAUCAGCGGGAGACGAGGAGCUGUCGGAGCUGGACUCGCUGUACCAGGCCAGUCUGAUGGCUCCCAGCAUGCACCGGGGCAGCAGAAGACUCAGCCCUCAGCCAACCGACAACCAUUCAGGUGUGAGAAGAAUGCUGUCAGGAUCAGGACGAUCCAAAACACCGACAGCUGAGAUUGAGAGAUACGCCUACAGAUCCCCAGCUGCAACUCGUAAGCCGGCAGGUGAAGACGAGAGCUACAGCGCAUCGAACCUGCGGCGCAUCACACGCAGCCUGAGUGGCACCGUCGCCGGGUCACAACCCCAAAACAGCUGCGUGGCGGCCCCCCCCCUCCAGCAGCAGUUUCUGGCUGUGUCUGACGGGCGUUCGUCUCUCUCAGGUCACGCUCUGAGUUACGGCACGCUGCCCCGAGCCCCUCGCCUCCCCCCUCCUCUCUCCUCCUGCAACACCUCCUCCCUCUCCAGACCCAGACCCACCCCUGCCCCCCCCCACAGUCUCUACGCCACCCUGUCCCGCCCCCACCGCUCCGCCCCCCCUCCCACCAAUGGUCACCUAACGUCUAACUUGAGCUCCGCCCCUUCCCAGCCGAUGCGUCUCGACGUCCCCCCCGACACUGACUGGCGCCUCCAACCCGACUUUCGGACUGUCAGCUCCUCCUCCUGGGACCCCCGCGCUGCCCGACACCACCUGCCCCCCCCACCACAGCCUCGCAGGCCCCCCCCCCCACUCUGCUCGCUCUGUCAGCAGUUCCCUGCAGAGCUGCCGCGUCCCUACUGCCUGUCGUGCGGCGCCUACGUGGCUCGAUUUCGCCCCGUCAGGUGAUCCGGAAACCCCCCGCCUUCAGACACUCCCAACUAAAUGCCUGUGUCACGUAUAGUUCUGCAGGUUUUUCAGUAGUCUGACCCGGAAGGUAGCAUCUCCAUGGUUCCCUCUAUAAAAAUAAACGGGAUUUUUUAAAUUGGAUUUUGGAAUAUGGCAGAAAAUAAGCUCUGUGACAAACAAUUAUGAUACUGACAGGUUUCGUUCAGCAGGAUAAACUCCACAUUAUAACGCCACUUGAUUUUAACGUUGACAUCACCACUGCUAAGCUAAAGGCGCUAAUGUUCGGCGUGAAGACGUUUAGCAGUCAGCAACAACGGUGGGGCAUUUACUGAUGUAUUUUAUGUUGUUAAAACUCAACAUUGAUAUGUCUUCAGCUUGUGUUAACCACAGAGCUUAUUUCUAACCAAUAACCAUUAAAAAGAUCCCAUUUUAUUCAACACGAGGGAACCAGAUGUGCAGAACACAUUUCCUGGUUUUAAGACUCGUACCUGCAGAACUCAAACCCACCAAGAUUUUCUUUUUAAAAUGUGCCAAUGUUUGUUUAAAUCCAUCGCUGCCCAUCACCCUCAGAGCAGAAAUCUGCCACAAACUUCUCACAAAGUGUCCCCCCUUCUCACCAAACCCCAGACAUUGUUGGGGUUUGAUCUCCUACACACAGAAUACGAAUGUCUGCUGGAUAAAAGCACAUUUAGAUUUCUACUCAAGAGAAAGCACCGUGAUACAAACCAGGAGAACGAGGAGACGACGCUGCUGCUGUCUGAUAACGUUUCAUCAAAAUGUGACAAAAAAACGGACACGUCUAUAUUCACAAACAGGCUCCGAUAUUAAAGGUAGGGUAGGCAAUUUUGGAGAAACCAGCUCGAG